UGUCCUUGUUGCUUUCAAACAUUAUGUACAAGAGCAGGAUUAGCACCAGUGAGAACAGCAGCAACUGUGGCUGAAGGUGAAGAAAACAAGGAUGUUAAAGCUACUCCCAAAAAAGUAUAUUAUUUAUUCUGUUCAUUAUGCCGAUGGAGUUCUCGAGAUGCAGGAAUACCUGAUCAAUCCGUAGCAACUGGAGGAUGGCCCGAGCAGGAAAAUCCACAUGUAAUUCGUAUUAAUGCUCUUAUUGAUUAUCAUAAGAUAUUGGCUUCUAUAGAGAAACAACAGUGUGAAAGAAAGAAAUUUCAUCCAAAACGUUCUUUUAUGCCAGCUACAAUGUACAGUUUUACAUCAGCACUAGUUCGCAAGCGUAUCGGACGUCCCAUAAAACCACCAAUGCAAUCUCAAUCGUCUGCUCAACCAGUACCAUCCGUUGCAAGCGAGGAAGUAGAGGAAUUACCGGGAGAUAUAUUUACAGAAUCUGUAGAUAUAACUAAAAUUACUACGUUGGAACAAAGAUUACAGCAUCCAGAGGUGCAAGCUGAGAAGAUAAAUGAAUUACGCCCUCAGCACAGACAGUUUUUGGUCAAACGAUCACAACGUUGCAGAGUGUGUGAACAUAAUGUUAGCAAAUCGGAUCUCUGCCCCCAAUCUACAAAAUUCAAGAUUUUAUUAGCUGCAUUUUAUCAUAUUCCAGAAGUAAAGAUCGUUACUUGCGAACCACUUCGACCAGGGAAAUCAAGUGAAUUGCUUCUUAAAUUCUGCAAUCCAACGCAGCAUCAGACUCAAAUAACUAUUCUGCAUUUAAAUACUUCGUUAUCUACUUCACUGAUUGAAGAAAAAGACGCUAAACAGGAGGAUACACAAGGAAGUGAAUCUCCAAAUUUGCUGCCAUCUGCUGUACGGCAAGCACCUGUGACAGAAGAUCCUAAACCAAUAAAAAUUAUACCAAAUGCAGAUUUGCUGCUGCCCCACAGCUCAUUUAUACUUCCACCAAGAGAUGAUGCUGCUGAAUAUGAUGAUACAAGUGAUAAUCAUAAUUUUCAAGAUGAUCCAAAGCUUGUAGUAUGGCGUAAAGGGAACAAAGCUGUAAUACGUUUAUACGUAACUCCGCACGAUGCUAAUAAAAAUAAUGAAAAUCCAAUUACAGUUGGAUUUGUCAUGCAACAUGGAUACGUAAAUACCAUUGCAGCAUUGGAACAUAAAUCACCACAAAAGGUAGAUGUAAAAGUGAAGUUAUAUCUUAAUGUUGGUCAAUUAAUUCGUGAAGUAUAAUUUGUUUCAAUUUGGGAUGAUUACAGAGAUACAGAAUACUCUGUAUAUGAAUGCUUUAUAAUUUUUCGCUUAUAUAAUAGCUCAUGAAAUUAUAAUAUUAAGGACGUUUAAAUAUUUAUAAUUCAAUGUAUUAUCUUAUAGUAUAUUUAUCGGUACUAAAAACAUAAAGCGUAUGAUGCAAGUUGUUAAUCCAUAUACAUACAAAUUUUAUAUACUUUUUCAAAAUUUAUUAUUAAUUUAUUUAUAAUUAAAUUUAUCAUAUUGUUCUAUAUUAUAUAAUUAAAAAAAUCGAUUUUUACAUUAAGAAUUUUCAUAUAUUCGUUAUCACGCGAAAUUGUUUCAUAAGGAUAUUGUAAUAAGUAUAUAAAGCAUAAUUUUAUAGAAA